GUUAGUCGCGGGCCGGGCCGGCCGGGGGAUGUCUAUGCCUGACGCGAUGCCGCUGCCCGGUGUCGGGGAGGAGCUGAAACAGGCCAAGGAGAUCGAGGACGCAGAGAAGUACUCCUUCAUGGCCACGGUGACCAAGGCUCCCAAGAAGUGACUCAGCUGUAUGAGCCUGAUGGUUCCUCAUCCUUCCUCACACCAGCCUGCCUUGACAGUCUCACACUGAGUCUCAUCUUCUCUGGGAUUGGAUCCUAGUAGUGUGUUACUGGUGACUGCGGAGACACAGAAGGGUAGCGUGGAGGAAGGAUGUGUGUGUUGUGAUUAGUCAGCCUGCCUACCCACUCUUGGGAAUUCAGGCCCCAUCUGGGGAGACCGAGAACUUGAGAAACUUGAGACAGAAGGAAGACAAGGAACAGCCAAAACCUGCUGAGUCUCAAAAGCUGUCUUCUGUACAAGGAAAUGAAAGAAGAGGCUGAAGCAAAUUCAGUUUGCUGAUGACAUGCAGGAGUUCACCAAAUUCCCCACCAAGACUGGCCGGAGAUCUUUAUCUCGCUCCAUCUCACAAUCCUCCACAGACAGCUAUAGUUCAGCUGCAUCCUAUACAGAUAGCUCUGAUGAUGAGGUCUCCCCCCGAGAGAAGCAGCAGACCAACUCGAAGGGCAGCAGCAAUUUCUGUGUGAAGAACAUCAAGCAGGCAGAGUUUGGACGCCGGGAGAUUGAGAUUGCAGAGCAAGACAUGUCUGCUCUGAUUUCACUCAGGAAACGUGCUCAGGGAGAGAAGCCUUUGGCUGGUGCUAAAAUAGUGGGCUGUACACACAUCACAGCCCAGACAGCGGUAUUGAUUGAGACACUCUGUGCCUUGGGGGCGCAGUGCCGCUGGUCUGCUUGCAACAUCUAUUCAACUCAGAAUGAAGUAGCUGCAGCACUGGCUGAGGCUGGAGUUGCAGUGUUUGCUUGGAAGGGCGAGUCAGAAGAUGAUUUCUGGUGGUGCAUUGACCGCUGUGUCAACAUGGAUGGGUGGCAGGCUAACAUGAUCCUGGAUGAUGGGGGAGACUUAACCCACUGGGUUUAUAAGAAGUACCCAAACGUGUUUAAGAAGAUCCGAGGCAUUGUGGAAGAGAGCGUGACUGGUGUUCACAGGCUGUAUCAGCUCUCCAAAGCUGGGAAGCUCUGUGUUCCAGCCAUGAAUGUCAAUGAUUCUGUUACCAAACAGAAGUUUGAUAACUUGUACUGCUGCCGAGAAUCCAUUUUGGAUGGCCUGAAGAGGACUACAGAUGUGAUGUUUGGUGGGAAACAAGUGGUGGUGUGUGGUUAUGGUGAGGUAGGAAAGGGCUGCUGUGCUGCUCUCAAGGCCCUCGGAGCAAUUGUCUACAUCACAGAAAUUGACCCCAUCUGUGCUCUGCAGGCCUGUAUGGAUGGGUUCAGGGUGGUGAAGCUGAGUGAAGUCAUCCGGCAGGUGGAUGUUGUGAUAACUUGCACAGGAAACAAGAAUGUCGUGACACGGGAGCACUUGGACCGAAUGAAAAAUAGUUGCAUCGUGUGCAAUAUGGGCCACUCCAACACAGAAAUUGAUGUGACCAGCCUCCGCACUCCAGAGCUAACAUGGGAGCGAGUACGUUCUCAGGUGGACCACGUCAUCUGGCCUGAUGGUAAACGGGUCGUCCUUCUAGCAGAGGGUCGUUUGCUCAAUUUGAGCUGCUCCACAGUCCCUACCUUUGUGCUUUCCAUCACAGCUACAACACAGGCUUUGGCACUGAUAGAACUUUAUAAUGCCCCUGAGGGACGCUACAAACAGGAUGUGUACUUGCUUCCUAAGAAAAUGGAUGAAUAUGUUGCCAGCUUGCACCUGCCAUCAUUUGAUGCCCACCUGACAGAGCUGACAGAUGACCAAGCAAAGUAUCUGGGACUCAACAAAAAUGGGCCAUUCAAACCUAACUAUUACAGAUACUAAUGGACGUAUUACAGUGACCAGUCCACAUGAACCACACAACUCUAAUAGAGUAUUUUUUAAGAUAACUUUUAUUUUCUUCUUAUUACUUUCCUUUGAUUUUUUUUUUUUUCCUAUAAUUUCAUUUUUGUUUUCUCGUCUCAUCAUUUGAGUUCUGCAGACCACACAGGAACUUGCUCAUGGCUCUUUAGGUGAAACUGAGGUGGAAGGGUUCUCACCCUAGUCACUAAAGAAGGGUUUAACUCUGCAGCCCAGAAAGUCGAUUCUUUAACCAUUUCUGGGUACUUUGGUCAUAUUUAGUUACCUUAUUAACAGAAAAUGGUAAGGCACCUUCUUUGUGGAACAAUCUACAGUGUCUAAAUUGCCUUAAAAGAGCCUGUUUCCUAGCUGCUGGAACUAGUGCUCUUCCCCUUCUUCAGGGGAGCCAGGAUGCUACUUCCCAGCCAGGUAGCUUAGACGUAGGUGGUGCAUGCCAACCUCCCUUAGAGACGCUGAGUCCUGUCUCCUGUGUAAGGGGGCAUGUCUGGCGCAGAGAUGUGUUGGUUGUUAAGCUCAGUGGGUUCAUUUGGAUUUGUAGUUCAGCCCUCCCACCAGUCUCUCUCAUUGUUCUCGUUUUAACUAAACUACAUUCUAUCAAGUUCAAUUUUGUCCCUUAGCAUUUAUUUCUGUUUUAUUUCUUUUAAUUAAGGAAACACAUUAGUGUGAGCCCUG